ACGCCGGAACAGUGUCUGGAAGUGACGUAUGCACAUUCCCAUGAUGCUCAGGGAGGGCGGCCAUUCAAAUCGGAGAGAGUUUGAAAAGCAGAAAAUGGCCGCUCAGAAGGCGAAGCCGGAAGAAAAUGAGACCGAGAGGAACAAUGGGGGCCCUGGCUGUGUCCUUUCUCACCCCCCCUCGACCUGCCCGGGCCCGCUGAUCCCAGUGGGUCCCUUCUCGGGUCCGACGGACGACUCAGCUUCUCUCUCCGCUCCUUUUUCAGCCGAUCUGCCCUUCGUGGCCGAGUCAGCCCCCCAAUCUGACUCCGUUGCUAUGACUGUGGCGUUAGCGCCCCCGCCUGUGGCUCCCACAGCGGGCGGUGCAGUCUCAGUGUCCGUGGCUUUUCCUGGCUUGGUAACUCGCGAGGGCUGUUUCCAUUUUACUUGCGAGUUCCUGAAGCAUGUCCUGUACCAGAGGCAGCAACUGCCCUUGCCUUACGAGCAACUUGCCUGCUUCUCCCGGAGGCAGCUCCUCGGGGCCUCGAGCCAGGAUGAAAAUGUGAUCAGAAAAGUCUAUCCUAGAGAUCCAGACAACAAUAAGAAAUGCCAGCAAGUGCUAGGUGACCUAGAGAGAGUGUUCCAGCACUUGGAAAUGAUGUUCAGUUUGACACUGGUCCCACGAGUUCUUGUCCUCCUUGGCGGUACUGCCAUCAGCCCUAAAGAACUGUAUGAGAUCAACCUGCAGGGUAUCUCUGUAGGUGGCACCAAGGAGAGCCUACAAACGGCAGCUUGUGUUCGCAAGCUUUUCCAUUCACUUUUCCUGGCAGAUGUCUUUAGUGAUCUUAGAGCUGUCCCCACCCUGGGUGUCACUGUUAUGGUUCAAGGACAUCGCAACUGUGGAAUUGACUGGUUCAGACCCAAACUAAACUACAAAGUGCCAGCUCGAGGGAGGAAGCUGACUGUCAACUUAUCCUGCAGUGACCAUGAUGGUGCAACACUCCCUUCUAAUACAGAAGUGAACUCUGCCUUGAAUGAUUAUAUAUGGUUUCAAGCUCCGGUGACAGUGAAGGGUUUCCGUUACUUUUCUUGACAAGGUUUUGAAAAGGACAUUCUUAACUUCAUAUAGAUGUUACUCUGUGCUAAGUCUUUGAUCAUCUGCAGUUAGAAGUUUCUUGUUCAACUUUCUUUUCCAGAAGCACUUUAAGAACUAUAUUGAGCUGUACUGUGUUCUCUAGAGAGCUCUGUCUCCAAAUCAUAAAGCUUGGAAAUAGUUCCAAUAUGUGCCUUUGGAGAACUGAUUCAAAGGAUAAAAGUGUGCCGUGGCAGCCAUUAAUCCAUUUUCUCUUGUUUGGUUAUCAAACAACACUUGAAACAAUUGGUCUAUUGUAGGAGCAUUCUACAGAACAUUACAUUACCAGUAGGCUAUAUUCACUACUAGAUCACUGUGUAGUGUUUACUGAAUUACAGUCUCUUAUCAAAGUUGAUUUUUUUCCAAAAGGAUAUCAUGAAAGCCAUAAUUUUCAGAUUUGCCUGUGCAAUGAUAGAUGCUGCAAUAAGGGAUUGUUGUGAGCGAUGCCCAGCUUUAAACAAGUCCAACAAAAUCCUUUCCCCUUGUUUGAAGGAAUGAUGACAUUUAAAGCUCGAAUCCCCCACUGCUGUAAUGUUUCCAUAUGUGUUUUCUAGACACUGCCUGAAGACAUUGAGAAGUAUCUUUAAGAAGUGUGAGAGAGGAGACACAUACACCCCCUUAAAUUUUCAGCAUGAGUAAUAUUUAAAUACUUACUUUGCUUUCUUCACAAUGGUUCUGCUUGACAAAUUUUCCUUUUCGUAUAGAGGUGAACAUCCUAAUAGUGCUUCUUAUGGAAAUUGUUCUUGAUUGCAGAGCACUAAAACACUUCUGAAGGUAUAGAAGUCACUUACCUCAUCUUCCCUGGCUUUGACCAAAGCUAAACUAGACGUGAAUGCAUGUAAGAUAGAUGAAAGACUGACCUCCUAUAGGCUACAUUACAUUUUGAUACUGAUCUGCUUUAUUCAGUGCUUACAUUAAGACAGGAUAGGAACUUCUGGAGGACAAGCAUUAACAAAGACUAGCACCUAGUCCCAAAUAGAUCACCUUUAGAUACAUUCAGCAAAGCCACUAUUAGGGGUUGUAUUGUUUUAAGGUCCAGUGAAAAUACUGGACAAAUUUGGGGAGAGUGGCUUUCCCAUAGGUACACGGUUAGACUGCUGUCCUAUAGCAAGGAAAAAAUAAAGCUAGAUGUGGAUCAGCUGGAUAGGAUAGGUAGUUUCUGUGCCCUGAGAACAAGAUUCUGUGUCAAGAAACUAAAAUGGAGUAAUGUAGAGCUGCAAAGUGGAUUGUUUUGCUACCAUGUUUCAGGACCUAGCAGUUCCUGCUGUAUAAAGAUUUAUAUGCACAUGUUACGUGUCUGACUUCUGAAUGCUAUACAGACCAGUGUUGUACACUAACAGAAUAGCUACAAACAAGAAAUAGCUAAGGGAAGGGCUUUCCAAGCUCAGAGUGUUAUAAGCUUUGUGGGACUUUGUACUGAAUCACUUUCUGGGAGAAGUUGAACAAACAUGCUUGUUCAAAGCAAAUAAAACAUUGCUGAUAUUCUGCUAUUGGUUCACAAACUCUGGUCAAAAACAGUUAUAAAAAAACCAAGGAAUAGCUUAACAGAUAAGAGGACAUGGUCAGAGAGAAGCUGACAAUUUCUAGUACUGGGCCUAUAAAAGUAGAUCUUUUAUCCCUUAGAAGUACUUAAAAAAUGAGCUGCAAUUAAUUCACUUUUUUAAAAAAAACCCACAAUGUUGUAUGAACUGUUUCUGUUUUGUGGAGGUGCUACUUCAAUCAAAUGUAAAAUUAAUCUAUCUGCAACAUGUCUGUAAAAUUAAAUGAGAGUAAGAAUGAUCUUUAAAAUAAAAGAGGGGACAUGAUUCACAUUGA